AGCUGUGAUGAAUGUGAGCGGAUAUUUGGAACGCCUAGGCCUGCUGGUUGUAUUUGGCUCAAUCUACGUCUCUGAUUUCUUUUCUGCGGCUGCUAUUGUGUGAUUAUAGGAAAACCGAAUUUCGAAGUUUUCCCCACUCUGUAUCAUUUCCGACGGUACUCAGCAAGCAUUGGGAAUUUUCCACCCACACAGCAUUCAUCUCCAAAAACAUGAGGUCGACAUCUUUCGCAACGCGGCUCGGAGCAGGCCUCCUGCUGGCCUGCACGCCGGGCCAGGCCACGACGCACGCGCAUGGACACGAGGGGCAGAUCAACUGGGGCGCCACCUACAACACCCCCGAAAGCGCGUACUUUUUGUGGCUCGAGGCCGCGACCACGGAUCCUUUCCUCGUGGUCACUUCCACGGCCACCGCCGCCAUCGCCGAGGCAGUGAUUGACAAUGAUCACCACGCCGUGCAGGAUACCGCGAAGGAACUGUUGCACGAAGCGGAGGACGGGGAUGGGUGUGUGAAAAACGUCACCUCGUUGCUCAACCCGUACGACACCUUCCCGCCGGCGUCCGUCGCCGCUUCGGAGUUGACGUUCACCCCGAAUAAUACCUGCGCGUACCGGUUGAUUGCGUCUUCCGCUUCGACGACGGUCCCGAUGAAGCUCUUCAAGCUGGAUCUGUCGUCCGCGAGCCACAUCCUGCUCUUCUCUAAUUCCUCCACGGUGUUCUCGCACUUGAAAGUCACCGACGGGGAAGGGCACGUGAUUGCCGCGGCGCACAAGCUGCACGAAGCGCACGCAGCCACGACCACAGCCGCGGCUGCCCACGACGACCACGACCACAAACCCUGGGGCGAGAUGCUGUUAGCGUGCCUGAUGGUCAACUUGAUCGCCUUCACGGGCGUCCUUUUCGUCGCCGGAACGCUGCUUUGCGGGAAGAAGGAAGAGGGAGACGACUUCAACACGGCGCAUGCGAAAAAGACGCAUGAAAACAGCUGGAUCGCGGGCUCUUCCGCGUUCGCGGCCGGGGCGCUGCUGGCCGCCGCGGCAUACUUCAUGUGGUUUGAGGCCACGCAUCUGAUCCAGGACGGCAUGAAGAGCGCGGAGGAGAGCACCGUUGUCUUCCUGUGGGGCACCGCACUGCUGGUCGGCUUCCUCUUGCCCCCGCUGGCUUCCUCUUUGUUCCAGUUGUGCCUGGGGCAAGGUGCAGCAGCUGCACCAGCAGGUGCAGCUAUUGAGGACGGAACACCGGUGCAUAACAAAGUGGCCGCGGCUGAGCUGGUAUCAAAUGCAAAUAUGUCUGGGUCUGCAAGAUUCCGAGACUUACCAUGCAGAUUUUCCAUGAUCCAUGUCGUUUGAAUGCAGGACCUAACAUGACAGGUUCUGUGAGAUUCCUAUCAUGCUUAAUCUGCAUGAGAAACUUCGUUUCAACUUGGUCAAAAGUGGACAACUUUUGGCAUUCAUGCAACACAGAUUUUUGCACGAUCCACAAUUAGCAUUACUAGUUGCAUCCUUCCAGACCCAGACAUUUUUGCAAUGCAUAGCUGGGCGGCGUUGCGUCGCAGGAUGUGGUCGUGGAGGAGGAGCCGAUGUUGAAGAAGCUGUCCGGCACUUUACUAGUGUCCGUCUUGCUCGGUGACUUUUUCCACAAUUUCGCGGACGGCAUUUUCAUCGGCGCCGCGUUUCUCACCUGCAGCCACACGCGCGGGUGGAUCGUCGCGCUCGGGGCCGUGUUGCACGAGAUUGCGCAGGAAAUCGCGGACUACCUGAUGCUAUCAACUGCAAAAAUGUCUGGGUCUGGAAGGAUGCGAACUUGUGAUGUGUGUUGCGGAUCAUACAAAAAUCUGUGUUGCAUGACUUGCAAAAGGGUCCCAUUUGUUCUGGCCAUGCUGAGAGGGCAUUUCUCAUGUAGGCAUCACCAAGGGGCUGCAGAACCUGUGAUGCUAGGCCCUGCACUACAGACUUGGCGGAGCUUGGAAAAACUGCAUGACAAAUCUCGGAAUCUUCCAGACCCAGACAUGUUUGCAUUUGAUAGAUGCUCACCGGCCCGGGCGGGUUGUCGCCGGUGAAAGCGCUGGGAUUGAACUUCUGCUCUGGCUUGAGCGUCAUGCUGGGCGGCGUACUGGCGUUGGCGAGCGACUUAUCGCAAGGAAAAACUGUUUCACUGUAAACUUGUGAUGCAUAGCACGGAACGCAAGUGUCGUGUGUUUGUGUUGCUACACCUGCAAGACAUUGGAAUUUUAGCUGUGUUUUCCCUUAGGAAGCACGCAUGCCAAGUUUUCUUUGUCAUGUGUAACAAACUUCUUGUGAAGAUGCAGAUCUACUUGCAAAAUCAUCACAGUGUUGAAGCAGUUUUUUCGUGGGAUACGACUACGACAAGGUCACCAUCGGGCUCAUCGUUUCCUUCGGCGGUGGUACCUACGCGUAUUUGGCGUGCGUGGAAUGCAUAAGCACUGCAAAUAUGUAGUCUGGGCUUUGGCAUAAGUGAAUCUGUGAUGCGGACGUGCGGAUGAAGAGAUUCGGUAAUUUGCCUGAAGUGCAGCCACGCAUGACAGGUUACUAAAGUACCACUUACAGAUCAUUCUGCAGGAAUGCAAAACACCCAAGAACUACACAGUCUGCACGUUCCCCGUCGACCCAGACUACAUAUUUGCAAUGCAUAGUGCAUGGGCCGUGCGGUCCCGCCGACGGGUGGGGUGGGCGCACAGAAGGCGGCGGAUCCGGUGCAUGCUCUGAAGAUGCUGGGCUUGUUCGUCCUUGGCGCUGUCCUGAUCGGCCUCGCGCUACUGCAGCACGAACACUGCUCUGGCGGCGGACAUGUGGGGCAUGGGGGAACCGCUGCCGCAGGGGGCCACGCGGGACACGGGCACUGAGGCAGGGGAUACGGGCAAUUAUGUGGUGACGCCGUGGUCGACGUCUUGCGGGAACAGAUGAUAUCUUUUUAUCAGUUACAUGAUUUUUACGAAGAAGCCGAUAGCUGUAGAGAUUGUGGUCUAGUAACAACAAUAUUUUCGUGGUCAACAAAAUCAUUCAACGUACUAUCAAAAGUCCGUCAGCCUUGUACUAGUUUCUCUACUACUACUUUUCGCAGCACCUUUAUCAGUGUGGUUUCGCUCUCUGAUUUUUAUGUCGCUGGAAAUGAACGAUUGGUUAGAAGUCCCUUAUUGAUCGUUUUGGGAAGUAUGGAAUGCGUUUCAGUUUCAGCAGCUUUUUGGGGUUCCGUAGUAUCUGUUGCAGCUUUUUUUCUCCACUAUUCUAGCAGUACACCAAGUGGUUGUAAAAUGUAACAUAGAGUGGUUUAGUUUUUACUGCAUAAGUAUGCGAACAAAUGUACCUACGAGGUUAAGCAAUCGAAGUGGUAGACGUAGAGCCAUGUCAGAAGAUCAAAAUGAGAGAAACUGUUUGAAGUUCAACAAAAAGGAAAGUGUCGUGAGUGGGCCACUCUUGCACGUGGAAGCAAGUACUGUUGUAAGAUUAAAAGGUAACUCUACGUGGUCCAUGGUCUUUGCUUACUUAUUUUCAAGAAAGCUAUUCCUUUUCAUCUUGUGCAGUACUGGCAAAAGAAGAAUUUCCUAAGAGAUUCGUUUCUAGACAAAAUAAUUCCACUUGAAUGCCGCACUUUUUAUGUGGUUUACGGUUGAUAUGUUAGACGAGACACAGCAGCAAGUGCAUGAGAAU